AGGCAUCUCGGCUCCCGCCGGGUAGCGGGUCAGACAUGGCUAAAUCCAAGAACCACACCACACACAACCAGUCGCGGAAAUGGCACAGAAAUGGUAUCAAGAAACCCAGAUCCCAAAGAUACGAAUCUCUGAAGGGGGUGGACCCCAAGUUCCUGAGGAAUAUGCGUUUUGCCAAGAAGCACAACAAGAAGGGCUUUAAGAAGAUGCAGGUGAACAAUGCCAAGGCCUUGAGCGCGCGGGCCGAGACCAUCAAGACCCUGGUAAAACCCAAAGCAGUGAGCAACAAACGCAAGCUCCAGCGGCUCACCUAUAUCGCCCACCCCAAGCUGGGCAAGCGCUUUCAGGCCUACAUUGCCAAGGGGCGCAGGCUCACCACCCUAGAGGUCAGGGUGCAGGCCCAGGCCCAGGCCCAGGCUCAGGCUAAGGCCAAGGCCAAGGCACAAGCCAAGACCCAGGCUUCAGUCACUACUCCAGCUCAGGCCCAGGCUGCAGCUCCUAAGGGUGCCCAGGCUCCAGCCUCCAAACGUGCCCAGGGCCCUGAGAAGGCCCCACAAUGA